AUGGUCCGCAGCAGGCGUCGCCCGCAUCGCCAUCGUCUCGCGGUCUGCCAGUCCGCUGAAACAGGCCGAAGCGCCCCUGAAGCUGCCUAUCCGUCCGUCCGGGUCGUGCUCUUCCAGGCCUCUGUCAUGGACGGUGUCCGGAUGACCGGAAUUCCGCGCGGGCUGGGCCCUGCCAACGGAUUAGUUCUCGGCGCCGCAGUCAUCCAUCGUCGCGAGAAGGCAACGGACAUCACCAAACAGGAGCUCCGAGAUGCGUUCGACACCAAGCCUGUCUAUGGUCCUUAA